AUGGGAACAUUGGUUCUUAACUGUGACCCCUGUGGACAUGGAGGCCAGUGUGUCGUAAAAGACUCUGCCCCCCACUGCCUCUGCCCCCCAGGUUGGACUGGCUCUCGAUGCCAACAGCAAUCAAACCUGAAUGGAGAUAACUGCACAGAUCCGGUUGGAGGGUUUAACUGUCAGUGCCUUCCAGGGGGAAAGUGUCCUAAUGGAGGAACCUGCAUCAGGAUCUCUGGUGAAUUCCGUUGCUUGUGCCCGCUGGGAACCACAGGUCCCCGCUGUGAUGUGGACCCCUGCUCUCUCCCCGGUCCGCAUUGCUACUAUGGUGGCACCUGCGUGGCUCAGCCUGAAGGGUUUUCUUGCAUCUGCCCUACUGGGUAUGUUGGCAAGCGGUGCGAAGGGGUGGUGGACGCCUGCUUCUCCCAGCCAUGCCACCGACCCGGUGCCCACGACUGCCAGUCCAGCGAACAUGGCUUCCACUGUUUGUGUGCCCCAGGAUACACAGGGAUCCUGUGUGAAUCUGUGAUUGACAGUUGUCAGGCCAAUCCCUGCCUCAAUGGUGGAAGCUGUACCAUGAUGCCUGGCAACCCUCUUGAAUUCACCUGCCACUGUCCACAGGGGUAUGAAGGAACCACCUGUGACCGACACACACCGUCUUGUGGACCUGUUUCCUGUCACAAUGGCGGGGUUUGCAUUUCACCCCAGUCCAGACCACGGUGCCUUUGUGUGGCAGGUUUCUCUGGGAUAGACUGCCGCCAACCUCCCUGUUCUUCGGGUUCCUGCACAGCUACCAAUGGCACCCUAAAACCUGAGUGCCAGAAGACCUCAGGAGACGGGCGUUGUGACCGGGCCUGCAGCUCCCCUGAGACCAAUUGGGAUGGUGGCGACUGUUCCCUGGGCUUGCUCAAUCCUUGGGGAGGUUGCCCAAAGCAAGAGCUGUGCCAGGCAGAUUUCCGGAAUGGGCUCUGCCAGCGUCCCUGUGACAGUGAAGGUUGCCUGUAUGACGGCUUUGACUGUGUCCAACAGAAGGAAUGCAACCCAUCCUAUGCCAUGUAUUGCCGGGACCGCUUCCGUGACGGACACUGUGACCGAGGGUGCAACAUGGCUUCCUGCGGGUGGGACGGAGGAGACUGCUUGCCAUUGCCUGUCCCAGCGAAGGCACCACUAUUGGGGCUGGUGGUCCUGCUUCCCUGGAAAGCCAUUCCUCAGUUUCUGCACUCCCUGACGGUUGUCACGCGGGCCGUGCUACAAGUUACACGGGACGCUGAAGGCAAAGAGCGGAUCUAUCCCUAUACUGGGAAGGAAGAGCUUGGAAGCAAAAGCAACUGGACUCAGAAAAAGACUUCUGUCACAGAAACCAUUGGUUUUACUAUCUUCCUGACUGUGGACAGCAGCUUGUGUUCAGGGCUGUGUCCCUCAUCCCCCAAAUCUGUCCUGAAUAUUUUGGGGGCCUUGUCAGCAAAGGGAUCCCUGGAAUCCUUACUUUCAUACCUGCUGGUCGCAGCUUGGCUUGAGUCGGUGGAAAAUGAUUCACAGACCUCUGUUCCACGUUUCUCCGGGCCCCUCCUUUACGGCGUGGUGGCAGGUGUUCUGGUGAUAGCCCUGGGCAUCUUUGUGGGGAUCUGGAGGAUUCGCCGGCCCCAGCACCGAGAACAUGGUUCAUUGUGGUUCCCGCCUGGAUUUGCUCCACACCAGGGCAAGAAACGGCGCCGCCGGAGAGAACCUGUCGGGGAAGAUGCUAUUGGGUUAAAGCCAAGGAAAAUGGAGAUUGAAUUUGUAGAAGAGAUGGAUAUGUUUUCCAGUCCCCAUUAUGAUGGACCUCUGAACACCAAGGAUGUGGAGGAUGAUUCUGAUUGUGUCUCAGUCCCAGAUCAGGGCCAGCCAAAGCCCAAGAGGCAGAUGCCAGGCAGCACACCGACCCAGGAAAAGAGCACCAGACCAAAGAAUGCGAAAAAUCGAGAGCCAGUUUGUGGUUUGACACCCUUGAUGCCUAUGGCUGCUUCUCCCGGCUUGGAAGUGGAGGGAUCCUGGACAGACCAGCAAACGCACAACUCUGGAGAGACCCCUCUUCACUUGGCAGCUCGCUUCUCCCGUGCUGAUGCUGCCCGCCGCCUCCUUGCUUCUGGGGCCGAUGUCAACGCCCGUGACCAAUGGGGACGCACCCCCUUGCACAGCGCUGUAGCCGCUGACGCAUUGGGCGUCUUUCAGAUCCUACUCCGGCAAAGGCAGACAGAUUUGGAUGCAUCCACCCAAGAUGGCUCCACCCCACUCAUCCUUGCCACGCGGCUGGCUGUUGAAAACAUGGUGGAGGAGCUGGUGGCCAAUCAUGCAGAUGUCAGGGCCACAGACAAGAGAGGGUAUAAUGAAUGUUUUCCAAUACAGUGUGGAGGCGGGAACUAG